GGACCAAUGAGUGCAGAAUGCUUUGGGAACCUUUUGCGUAUAACACUGAGUGCAGAAUACUUUGAGGACAAAUACUUAUUCUUCUCUGUUGUUGAUCAAUCUGGCAUAGCCUGGGAGCUCAAUGAGGCCAUGGCAUCACAGUGUGGCUAUACAGUAACUUACAGCAACUGGAGUUACAUCGAAUUUCAUGCUUCUGCACUGAGCUGCCAUUCUCGCUUAGAAGAAGAUAUGUUCAUAAUAACUGUAGAAAUUAAAGCAUCUCAUGCUGCUGAUAUGAAAAAUGCUACAACUCAUGUGAAAAGUGCAAGUUGCUCUUAUGGUCCAUGGAGGUCGAGAGAGCUAAUAUGUGAAAGUAACUACAUGGAGGUUUCUGUCAGGAGGGAGGUUCCACAGAUUGUAAAGGCCAUCAUCCAAGAUGAACCUGAGGACUGGUAUCUUGGCUUUCUGGAGGCAAAAGCAGGAGAAGCCUCAAUAUGGCAAAUAGUUUUUCAUCAGCCAGAAGAAAAAACGGCUCUGCUUGUGAGUGAUGCUUGGAGUGCAGGUUAUGGACUCAACACCACAGAUGCCCGGGUUGUGCUGCGAAUACCAUAUACUGCUGCACAAAUUCAGCUGGUCAAGGAUCAUGGAAUUACCUUCUCUGCAGUGAGAGCAAGUAUAUUUUACAAACGGCAAUGGAUGAUCCUGAUGGUGGAUACUGCUGUGGCGUGUCCUGUAGAUGGUGUGGACUACAUCAACAAAACAAUCAUCUGGACUGUUCCAAAAUAUAUUCAACCAGUCUCUGCUGGAGAAACUAGCUUUAAGGAUGUGCUUGUUGAAGCUGGUGUGGAUCUACACAAACUCUCUGCCAAAGAAAUGGCUUCCAGGAAAUAUGUGUUAUUGAAUGACUUAAAUGCAAUUAUGAUGAGGAUACCAAUAGGUGCAGAAGGUGGCUCUUACAAGACUUCUGUGAGCAGUGGACAGCAUGGGACAAAAUACGCUAUCAACCUGUUCUUGGAACAUCAGUGGGAAGAUAACAAAUGGGGACUAACUAAAUAUAUUAUCAUCAAGGAAAUAGAAACGCCAUUUGAACAAGUGGAACUUGCUAUAAGCAACAAUUCAAAUCUGAGUUUGAGGCUAAUGAAUGUUACAGUGGGAACAUUCCUCCCAGAUGUGAAGCUUGUGAAGUUAACCAUUGAGGGGACAACUGUUGCCUUACCUGAAGCUGUUCAGCAUGGUUAUCUAACGUAUGAGAUCAGAUAUGCUAAUGGAAGCAAAGCCUACAUAAUACAAGUCUCAUUUGAUGCACCAAGCAUUAGGAAAGAGUACAUGGGAGCAGAUAUGAGAGCAUACACCCUGAAUGUUACACUUGCAUUCAUAAUUCAUCCAACAAGUGAGACCUUCACUGUCCCAGUCAUAACAGUGUCAGCUGUUAAAGAUGCAGUGCUACCCAGUGCGAGAGGAUUUUGUGAUGGGAGGAACCUUCAUCUCGUUAUCACUCAUGGGAAUGUGGACCAAAACUGGCUCCCCUUCAUCUCGGACAGGCACCUGACCCCAGAGUCUGUGAAGAAGUACAGCUACAGCCUGAGAGACAAUGGCACUCACUUGGCAAUCUCUGUCCCUUUCCUUUCUUCCCACGUGAACUAUGAAGAUUUUCAUGCCUCUGGAAUAAAGGCUUCACUCCACCUAACCUUGAAGGAUGGCCUCACCUUGGCUAAUAAGAGGGAAUUCUCAGUUUCCUGCAGCUUUUCACCUUCCCAGCUAAUACAGUGCCUACCCAAUGGUACUGUGGUUAUUACUGCAGUAAAAUUGGUGGGAGCUGCAGACCUGGACACCAGCCUGUUUGUUUUGAGGGAUAGACAGUGCAAACCCAGUCUAGUGACAGAGAGGACUGCAACCUUCAAGUUCAAUGUGAACACUUGUGGGACAAGUAGAAAGUUCAAUAGCACAACUAUGAUGUAUGAAAAUGAUGUACUCUACUUCAGACCCGGCAGUGAUACACCAGUAUACCGGCUGAAAUUUGUAUGCUGGUAUGCAAUCAAGCAGGCUGUUGAUGUCCAAUAUGAAUCUAAGAAGAACCCACCACCCAGUAUUAAGCCAGGGUUUGGCUCUCUUGCUCUUUCACUGAAGCUUUUUAAAGAGAAAUCCUACACAGAGCCCUACCAGGAGCUGGAAUAUCCUGUGGUAAAAUACCUGAGGGAGGCACUGUAUUUUGAAGUUGAACUGCUCCAGCCUAAAGAUUUGAGACUAGAACUAAACCUGGAUGACUGUUGGGCUACAAACUCCCAAAGCCAGGACAGUCUUCCGCAGUGGCCUAUGCUUAUAAAUGGGUGUGAAAACAGUGGAGACUCCUACAAAGCUGUCUUACACAAAGUUAAUUAUAGCCUCAGAGUAAAAUUUCCUCAGCACCUGAAGAGAUUUGAAGUGAGGAUGUUCACCUUUGUACUAGGCACAACUCUGUUACAAGAGCAGCUGUAUUUCCACUGCAGUGUGAUGAUCUGCAGCACUAUGCAGCAGCCUUCAGGCUCCCUUUGUCCAAGGAGAUGCAAUCCUGGGAAACACAGACUUGACCGCAGUGCAGAACCACAUCAGCGUGGGAAAGUGUCAUCCGGACCAGUGCUUAUCAGGAAAGAAAACAAUUAGCAAAGGU